AAGUAGCUGUUGACUAGAUCUCUCGGAUAGCCGGGUGUUUAUUUAUAUUAUUUGAUAGGUAUUUAUUUAAUAUUUGUUCUGUUUAAUUUCAAAAAAGGAUAGAACAAGUGUAGCAAAGAUGUCGUCAGAUUCUGAAGAAGAAGCUCUUACAACUCGUGACUAUCAGGAGAUAGCAGAAGAAAUUGAAAAGUAUAAAAGGGAUCCUGAAACUUCAGAAAUGUUUGUGUCAGGCUGGGAUGAUGCGGACGUUGGUGUUGAUAUUGUGAAAAAUCCAAAGGCCAAUCCAGUAGAUCAUAUUUUAUGGGCUGCUGAAAAUGGUGAUUUGGAGACUAUAAAAGACAUUCUAAGUAAUCAACCAGGUCUAGUCCAUGCCAAGGAUGCAGAUGGAUACUCUCCUCUUCAUAGAGCAUCAUAUAGCAACCAUAUUCAUGUAAUAUCAUAUUUGCUUAGUGUUGGAGCUAAUGUUCAUUUAAAAACUGAGCUUGGUUGGACACCAUUACAUUCAGCAUGUAAAUGGAAUAAUUAUGCUGCUGCUGCCAGAUUGCUUGCGGCAGGAGCAGACCCUGCUGCUUUGUCAAAUGGAGAACUAACACCACUACAUUUGUUAUCUUCAAUUGGUCAGUCCAAAUCCACUUUAUUAAUUUUAUUUUUAAGAGAAGACAUAGUAGAAGUUGCUCAAAAGCCAAAUAAUUCAAAUGAAACUCCUAAAACAUUAGCUUGUGGUCAUGGAAUUUAUGCUCCUCUGUUUGAAAUGGUUCUCCCAGCAGCAUCACAUAUUCGAUCUUUAGAGUUCACAUGCAAUCCUUAUAUACGAAAUUAACUAUUAAGUUAAAUGUAACAAAGCUGUUUGGGAAUAAUGUAAAAAUAAGAAUAAAAAUAUUUUAACAAUA